CAAGUCUUUAGAACAGAAGAGGCAGUAUGUGAUGAAGUGCAAUUUGAUGUGAAACACAGGAUUUUAGGUUUUUCCAAGUUGAAAUCGUCAUCUCUACCUGUCUCCGUAGCAAUUAAUUGGGGGAUUGAAGCUGUUGUGCAAGGAUAGUAUAGAUUAAAUAGUUUCUGCAUUUUAUUUUGUAGCAGCAACAAAUUGCUGCUUGUUUGUGUAUAUACAGUUACUGGAUAAAUAAAAUUCACCUUUUAUC